CCCUGCUUUACCUUUGGCAGAGUUGGCUCCACUGCGCUGCCUGCCUGGGCUGCCCCGGCCUGCCCUGCGCUCUGUUGUAGGUGUUGCUGCCCUGCUGCCGCAAAGGAUCCGAUCCGGCCUGUCUGCCGCCGCCUCAGUGCGCAGAUGUGAUGUGAACCUGCCUGGCUCCGUGGCUGGGACGUGCUCUGCAGGCCACACCGCAGUAUCACGUGCUGCUUCCACAGCUCGGGUGCUGGGCCGGUUCCUGCUUGCUGGGCACCUUGCACCUGAGGUGUUCUAGCACUGCUGCUCCGCAGAGCCUCUGGGUGCAGCUGCCUCUUUGCACCUCGCCUGAGCGCGGUGGCCAUGGGAGGGGGCUGCUGCCCAGCACCACGGCCCCCCCUGCCCCACAGGAACGCGAGCACGCAGCCUGCUUUCCCAUGGCCGCCGGCACAGACCCCUCUUUGUGCCGAGCGGGGCGAGGGUGGGCUUGGCUCCGUCCCUCUGCACUGUCAGCGUGCCAAAGCCCAGCGCCGCCGUGAGCGUGCACCGGGAUGUCAGCAUGGGUGACCAGCACUGUUCUGCCCCCUGCGCUGCUGCUUCUGCAGCGUGUGAGGUCUGUAUGAAUUAAUUCCUUCAGCUGCAAGUAGGUGUGUGGCUCCACGCGACUCGUAGCCAGCCGGAACUGCGGUGCACGAGGCUGCAGAGCUUGUGGCCGCUGUAGCUGCAGGAUGUCAGGCCCUGAAAUGAAAGCCGUGGUGCAGGAGCGCAGCCAGGCUGUGGGGCUUUCUGCCCUUGCAGAGCCGGGUCUGGGCGCGUUACCUCCGAGUGACGCAGGCUGCCCUGCUCCGUGAGCACCAGGGUGCCAGGGCGCGCUCCAGGUCAGGGCUCGCUGCCCGCUUUGCUUUGCUUUAAAGCGCUGUCGUGGAGGCGCUCUGGUCCUUGUCUGACCUACUUACUUACAUCUGGCUGCUUGGAAGGAAGGCAGAUUUGCUCUGCCAAAGAAGUAGCUUUCUGCUGGGAAGCAAAGGUGGGAGGAGGGAGCGGGGGGGGGGGAAGUGCCCUCAGAGCGAGGGGCCGAGCGUGUUGGGUUUCUGCUGCCUCUGCCAGGGCAGUGCUGGAAUGAGUGCAGCUCCCCAGGCUCGCUGCUUGCUCCAGUGUUACCGGCUUGGCUCAGACGUGCAUUGGUCUUUUCCUGAGCUGGAUCAGUAGCCCAUGGGCAUUGCAGUGCUAAGAGCAGAGACUCAUGAGCCCUGCGGCUCUGUGCCCUGUGCAGCACCACGCUUGGCUGGCCCUGCACCAUUCUGCUUCCCACGGCCUCUUCCUGCUCCCCUUCCUUGCUUCCUUUCUCCCAAGCACGCUGUCGGGAGAGCCGGAGAUACCUGCAGCACCGGCCAGACCAGCCAGGGACGUGGCACCUGGGCAGGGAUGCUUGUGGGGUGAGGAGUGACGCUGCCAGGCACACGGAGGCUCGUGCUCCACUUUUCUUUCCCACUGUGAGGCGAGCUGACAGCCAUGGGGCCGCUCAGGAGCCGCACAGAUCCCGAGCCGCGGGGCAGCUGCGUGCUCACCGGCAGUGCUGGCACGCAGGGACCGUGCUGCCCUGUCUCGGAGUCUCCGUCUGUCACCCUGCAUUAGUAGGUCACGUCUCGGAGCGAGCCCUCCUUCCCGCUGGCCGCGAGCUCGCAGCGUGUUCUUGGCAGCUGCCGACCCGGCGGUGCGGGGCGCUCGCUGUGACAGCUCUUGGCUCACCUUCCCCCUGCAGCCAGGCGCUCAGCACCGCAGGCCGGGCACUCAGCACCCCCGUGUGUGCUCAAGCCCUGAGUCUUCAGCUCCUGCGAAGGAGCACUGCUGGGCUGCAUUGGUGCACGCGUGGCUGUUGUGCAGUGGGAGCACCCUAGUGAUCUCGUGCCGUUAAUGAGGCCUGUUUGUAAGGUGUCUGCAGCUUUAGGGUCUUGCUCAAGCAUCAGGCACACGCGUGUGUCCUAGAAUAACGCUUCAGUGCUGGAUGUUCUAUCGUGGCUUGUGCAUUUUCCCCUAAUUGGUCUCACUGCAAACGGGAAAGGUGCAUUUCUUCAGGCGGUUGAACUCUGCAGAAGCAAUCAGCAGUGAUUUCCGAGCAGCUGCUUCCUCGCCGUGAGGUCAGUGCAGCUUGGGGUGGUUUGUGGGAAGGCCUCUCCGCCGCCGUGCCAGGCCUCAGCACCGUGUCGCAGCUCGGGGUCUGCCCCACAUCCUCAGGUGCCUCCAGUGGGGCCUGCCCCCUCCACAUCCUCGUCCCAGCAUCGUUUCCCUGGCGUGCUCCAGCGGGCACCGCAGUCAGUGUCAGCUCAGGGUGCCGAGCUGGAGCUGGAGACAGUGCUGCUGCAGCACGGUGCCGCUGGAGCUGUUCUGCAGAUAACCCCACACAAUGAUGGUGGGAAAGGCUGUGGGUUCCGACAGCGUUCCUUUGCUGGUGCUGCUUCACCUGGCUGAUCCUGAGGGCGGACAGGGAUGCUUUGCUGCAGCGUGUGGCCGCCCAAUGUGUCUGGCAUGCGAGCGAUUGCACGGGGACGGCUGGGCCCCUCUGCUCCCAUCCUGCACGGAGCCGCACGUUGUCCUCGAGGAGCCCCUGUUGCUCCGGCCUCGGUGUGGGAAGGUGCGUGUUUGGCAGCAGGUACAAAGUGAUUCUGUCCGUCCUGCGGCGCAUUGUUCUCCGUGGGACGUGGGCCGCGCCGCGCAUUAUUCUCGGCCGCGGGUCACCCUUGAAGCCGUCGGGAAAUCCGCGCGUCUCCCUCCGCUUCCUCCCCCUGGAACAAUCGGGGAUGGCGGUCGGAGCACGGGGAGGCUCCGCACGGUGCCGUCCGGUCCUGCCUGUGCCACCUCUCCCUCCCCGCCUUCCUCUCCCGAGAAGCUGGCACCCGCGCCGGGAGCAGCAGGGAAGUGUGCGGGCCCCCUGGGAAGGGCCUUUCCUGCUCCGUCCUUUGCCGCGGCCUAAUGGCAGGACGUGAGUCCUCGCCGCUGAUUAAAUGUUUCCUCUGCCAAAUGAACCGAGCUCCAUGGAGAGCUGUGAGCGGUGAGCCUGGCUCGGGGACCCGGCAGAGCAGGGGCUGCGGUGAUGGGAGCCGCGGCUGGGCAGGGCGCUGCGGAGCCGGUCCCAGGGGCGUUGGGAACUUUUUGUUCGGGGUUUUGUUAAGAGCGCGUUGUCAGUGACCGCGGGUCGUGAAUAAUUCACAGGGAGCGUCCGAGUCCCGCGGGGUCGGAGCGUGGCUGGCUGUCUGCACGCAGAGAUGCGCCGGCUCUCCGAGCCGCUCCAAAUCGAGGUGGCAGCUCGCGCUCUGAAAGCAUGCUGAUACGAUUUUAAAAGCCUGAGUGACCUUAAAUCCUGCGAUGGCUGUCUUUCGGGAUAAAUUAUUUAUGGCGCAUCUUCGGGGCUGCCUGAGCCCUCGCUCGGAACGGGCGGGAAUGUCAGGGCCUGGGAGGGCUGAGCUCGGGGUGAGGAGGUUUGGAUGGGAAGAGGGGACAGGAAAAGGAGCGCUGUGAGGCGGGGGCGGCGGGCAGGGAGCGACCGGGGCCGGCCUUGGAAGGCCUCCCCGAACCGGUGCAGCUGCAUUCUGCAGCCGACAUCACAGGGCUGGAAAUUCCUCUUGAUCUGCAGUUCAAAGCCGCUGCCUCCCUGAGGAUGGAGCGCUUCAUCUCGGCUUUGCAAAUGCGGGCUCGCCGCGGAAGCAGCGUGGCUGUGAAAUACAAAUCUGCCGCAGCGCCCAAAUCCCCUGGAAAGCGCGGAAACGGCGUCUGAAGGUCACUGCCGUGCGUCCUGCUAAAAAAAGCCCACAGCCCGCUGCGAGGAGAGAGCAGCAUCCAGGGCUGCUGUCGGGAGAAGGCAUUUCGCUUCCCCUUGGAGCGGAGGGGUUUGCAAAAUGCCUGCAGAGCGCAUCCCAGCUGCCGUGUCCCGACAGGGGCAGGCUGCACAGGGGGAACCCCGGGCUUUGGUGGCACUUUGAGCCCCGAAUGCAGGGGGGUGGUUCUGCCACGGGGCCGGGGUUGCAACAGCAGGGCCGCUCCCUGGCGCGUGCUGAGCAGCGCUCUGCAGGGCCACCUCGACUGCAGGGAGCGAUGACUUUUCACACCUCGCCUUCCUCCCGGUGUUCUCACAGCUCUGUGGUUCUUGUUUGCAUUUUGAAGGAAAGCCGAAGUGCCAGCCCGCCCCUCCUGGCUUAGCUGAGACGAGCUCGCUGCGCUUUGAUCUCUCGGCUGCCUUUCACGCUGCCCUGAUUCACGUCUUCCAAAUCACUUUCCCUGCAAGCGCAGCGAGCGGCUGCUGCGGCAUAUGGAGCACUCGGCAGAGCUCAGGGAAAGGAGCCGUGGUGCCGAGGAACAAAGGGGAGAAAUGCAGAGCAGCCGCUGUCUGAGCGGAGUUGUUUCAAAGCGCAUGGUUUCCAUAAGGCAUACGUGAGACAUUAAGGGGCGGUGAGCGGUGCUGGGAGAACCCCGUGGGGUUUUUUCACCCUUGGAGGCUUCAGCUUGUGUCUCCCUUGUCGUUAUCAGCCGUGUCUGUCUUCAGGAACAUUAAAGAUCUAGGCUUUAUGCUAAAGACAGAUAGCGAUCACCCCGGCGCUCCCAGCCGGAGGUCUCGUUGUGUCUCAUGGUUUGAAGUGCUGGGCACUACCAUGUGCUGCAUUCAGCGCCUCUGGAUUUUUGUUUUUCAAUGUGACCUCUGCUGCUAAUCCACAACGUGAGCGGGGCCGUGUGCUGCAAUGAAAUGACCUGUUUCUCGGGAAUUCGCCUCCACUUUAUCCUCAAGCUGCUUUAGCUUAAACUCCUCUCUCGCGCUUCUAGGUCAGAGCCUUCAUCUGGAUGUGGCGUUCGGCGCGGCAGCAGUUUAGGGCUGUGUGAGAUAGGGCAGGUAGUGACUCAUGGUUUUCUCUGUAGAAGUGCCCCUCUCCUCCCCGGCUGUGACCGCAGGAGGUGACGCUGCUGUGGGACUUUCCCCGUCCGCUCCACGCGAUGUGGGCAGAUGGGCUCUGCAGCGCCGUGCUCCCCGUGCAGCGUGUGUUCUGAGUGCAGAUCUGCACUGUCCAUCUGUCCGUCAGGGUGAGGUGUGGAGCGGGGCGGACGUGUCUCAGGCGGCUCACGGUGCUGGCACCACGCCUGUGCUGGCUGCUGGCUCCGGCCCGUGACACACGAGCCCAAUCGGGAGCUUCGUCACCCGGCACGCUGCUCCGCUCACCUGGCGCUGCAGAGGUGCUCCCACUCCGUCGAGGAAGGAGCACGGGGAAGGAGCUCCACUCGGCCACGUCCCGGCAGCUCCCGGGCAGGUGUGUGCCAGGUGCUGGUGCUCUCACCCUGCUGGGUCGCGGUGAGACGUGCUCUGGGCAGCGAGGGGCCCUCCAGUGCCGGAGGUGAGGGCCGGAGCCGUGGGCUGGCCGCUGGCUCUGCAGAAGUGCCGGCAAGGAACCACUUCCUUCUGUCUCCUGAUGUUUUCUUGCAAGGCUGCUUGCAGUUGAGGAGCUUCUCACCCAGCAGAAGAGCUGCUUUUAAUUGCAGGUGAUUUAUGUAUUUAUUUUCUGGAGCCGCAGAGCGCUGGCAGUUGGCCGGAGGGCAGAGGGAGCUGCUGGCAUCGCCGCGGUGCUGUGAGGCUGUGUCCCCGUGCCCUGCGAUGAUAGGGAGCGUGGAUGUGGCCUGAAGAUGGACCUGAUUGUAUUUUGGGCUCUGUGUACUGCAGCGGCAGUAAAUUGUAGUUUGUUGUAGAAGGUGAGAAGGGAUCUGUAAUGGAAAUUCACUUGUGUAGAUGUGGUGACGGCCUCUCUGCUCUCAUGGCCUGGGGAUCAGGGAUCAGGAGGUGAAAGGUGCGGGUGCGAACUCGCUGUGCUCCUGCUUGGUGUUGGUGUCACGGGUUUCCCUGAGACAGGAGCUGCUGCUCUGGAGAGGGACACCUGAACGUCCUGGGGUGCACACGGGCCUCCUGUCACUGCAUUCCUAUUCCCUGAGCUGCCAGGGUGGCACAACCCACGGCGCUGCCGUCAGAGGCACGAGCCCGGCCCGCACCUCCUGGUGAUUCAGGCUCCUUCCUGUCCCCACUCCGUGUCCAACCUGGGCUCGUGAGCUGUGCUGCUGGGAGCUGCUCAGGGUGAGCUGCGGAGGGGAUGGCUGCGCUUGGGGAUCAGGUGGGUUGCAAUGUAAUUGGAUCUGUGCUGGGAAUGCCUGGGUGGCCCUUGGCUCACGCGUAUGCCUUCGAGGAUGUCUGUGGGGUUGGUACAAUGCAGUUGGACAUGGGGUGCUGGCAGCUACCUGAGUGUGGGACAGUGGCAGUGGGUUGGGAACACGAUGGGGCAGGAGCCCUGAUCCUGGAGCCUCUGUGUGGCUGUAGCCCUGGCUGCAGGGUGUUCCUCCUCUUCUUUCCCAUUGAUCUUGACUGCUUCUUCCCUUCCCACAGGCAUGAGUGACCAGGCUCAUCCCCAGCACUGAGCAGCCGCAGCCGGCCCACCAUGCCGAUCCCGCCCCCGCCGCCGCCGCCACCCGGCCCCCCGCCGCCCCCCACCUUCAGUCAGGCAAACACAGAGCCGCCAAAAUUGAGCCGAGAGGAGCAGCGCGGCCGCGGGGCCCUCCUGCAGGACAUCUGUAAAGGGACCAAGCUAAAGAAGGUGACACAAAUCAAUGACCGGAGCGCCCCGAUCCUAGAGAAGCCCAAGGGCAGCGGUGGCAGCAGCUACGGCUCCAGCUCAGCUGCGAUCCCGCCCAAGGGAGGCCUCUUCCAAGGGGGUGUGCCCAAGCUCAGACCCGUGGGAGCAAAAGACAACUCAGACAGCUCCGGGAAGCAAACCCUGCAAGUCCCCAGCUCCAGAGCUGCUGCCCCCAGGCCCCCGGUGCCGGCCAGCAACAGCCGACCUCAGGAUGAUUCUGACAACAGCCGAGCCUCUCCGCCGGAGCUGCCGCGCACGCAGAGGCCAUCCCUGCCGGACCUCUCGCGGCCCGGCACCGCCGGUGGCACUGGCAUGAAGCACAGCUCGUCCGCCCCGCCGCCUCCCCCGCCAGGCCGCCGUGCCACCGCGCCGCCCGCCCCCCCGCCUGCGCACGGCCCCAAGGUCUCCUCCUACAACCGGGAGAAGCCCCUGCCGCCCACCCCGGGACAGCGAGCGCCUGCUGGCAGGGACGGGCCCCCCGCCCCGCCGCCCGUCAAACCCCCGCCCUCCCCAGUCAGUAUCCGAACGGGGUCGGGGGCUCAGGGCCAAUCCCUCGCCCCCCCACCGCCCCCUUACCGGCAACCCCCCGGUGUCCCCAACGGCCCUUCCAGCCCCAUCAACGAGUCUGCCCCGGAGCUGCCGCAGAGACACAAUUCCCUGCACAGGAAGACGCCGGGCCCCUUGCGGGGUCUCGCGCCGCCACCGCCUGCCUCAGCCUCCCCAUCCCUCCAGAGCAGCCGCCCCCCGCCGCCGGCCCGGGACCCCCCCAGCCGUGGUGCAGCCCCGCCGCCCCCGCCACCCAUGCUGCGAAAUGGGGGGCGUGACGCCCCCCCGCCCCCACCCCCCUACAGACUGCAUGGUUCUACUGAGCCCCCCAGCCGUGGGAAGCCGCCCCCGCCGCCCACCCGGACACCUGCCGGGCCACCCCCACCCCCACCGCCAGUGAGGAACGGGCACCGGGACUCCAUCGCCACUGUCAGAGCAUUCCUGGAUGACUUUGAAUCCAAAUACUCGUUUCACCCCGUCGAAGACUUUCCAGCCCCAGAAGAAUAUAAAUACUUCCAGAGAAUCUACCCCAGCAAAACAAACAGAGCCACGCGUGGGGCCCCCCCUCUGCCCCCCAUCCCCAGGUGAAAGCGAGCUGCGCCGGCGGUCGGUCCUGAGCACAGCUGCAGAGCUGCUCCCCCUUCUUCAGGCGGACCCUCCCCACCUCCCCGCCCCCAGGAACCUGCAUGAGAACUUCCCGGCACCUUCAGCUCUCCCAGGACGAGCGGACACCCCCGGCCCACGCUCACCGCAAACCCACGCGGCUCCUUUCCCCGCGGCCCCAGGUUGGACCCCGCGCUCCAGGCACCGGGCAGGGCCGGGGGCAGGCAGCGCGCUGCUGGGGACGGACACGGGCGAGGGCCGUGCCUGGGGGGCCGCGUGGGCUCGGAGCGGAGCGGGGCAGGAGCCGGGGCUGUCGUGGCCGCGGGACGGGGCCGGCAGAGCCCCCCGCCCCAGCGCUGAGAGCGGCGAUUUCGCACAGGAGCCGCCGGGAGUGGGGCUGUGUGUCCCCGCGUUGGGGGCAGGGAGGGCGAGCGGCCCCGUGGUAACAGCGGGUCACCAACAGGGAGCGUGUCAGCCGGCGGACAGCGGCUGUGUGCAGGGGGUCUGCGGCCGGGGGCUCCGGUGGCUGUUACACUUGUGGGGGGGGGGGGGGCAGGGGCUGCGCGCCGUUUUGCCUUACGCGCGCUCACGGGCUGCCGGCUCCGGGCUCCGUGCGUGCAGCGCGGGGGGGUUCCCAUUAACCGUAGUUACUGAUCUAUUUUGUACGUUCUAAAGCUGUACCGUAGGGGGAGGGGGCUGCGGCGGGGUACUAAACCCUCACCUUUAACCGUGCUUUGUUUGUGCGUUUGUUUUCUACGAUGCUGGAACCUUCCCCAGGUGGGAGCGAGGCCCUGCUUGGGGGUGGGGGCACCGUUUGGUUUAAAUAAAGGCAGAAAAGGCCCACCCCGAG